AUGUGUCAACGCCUCGACCAUGAACUACGGGACUGUCUGGAGGCAAAAGCACGCAAGAGGGAUGCCCUUAAGGAAAAAGAGGAAGCGAAAGAGCGGCUGGAAGUUCAACCAGCUGGAGAGAGGCACCGCCAAAACAGAGAGGUGAACUUCAGAACCUCGGGAGCACGGGAGUAUGAUAGAAGGAGACCAUCGGAGAUUGAGAACUACUCCCGCAGGGGUCGAGACUCACAGGAGAGGAAUAAAUAUCCACCUCGACACCACCCCUACGCUCGAUCUAUGCGAGAUAACUCUAGAGACAGAGGAAGCCAACAACAUUCGUCUUUCUUUCAGAGACAUGUGCAAACGAACUAUCAACCCCGUGAUCAAAACUCGCAUCAAAACUCGCAGGAACGAGUUCAUAAACCGAUCUCUAAUGACACUAACUCCCAAGAGCAGGGGUCAGAUCGCAAUGCUAGAAGCACUAGAAGCCUAGGUUUUGGCAGUCAUAGGGAAGGGAAUGAACCUAGCACGGAACCAGCUAGAAACAGAGCAGAGCUUAGUCCUUUAGUAGGAGGGGCUUCUCCUACGGGGAAUCCAAACUCUGUUCCCAAAGAUGCAGUGGAGUUGGCAAUAGUUGAGGUUCGGGAGGCAAUGGCACAAUACACGGCCUGUGCAGACCCAACAGAGAGUGCCGCAAGAAAAGAACGGAUGCGUUUGGCUGAGGCCCAAGGUGAAAUAGAAGAAACUGCAAUCCGAAUGGUCCAAGCCUCCAAAGGCACAACACCUGCAAGGUCACCACCAGUGGAGAUUCCAGCUAGAAUCCCAGCAGUUCUCAGACUUGGACCUUCUACACAGGAGGAAACAAGAACUGAUGGAAACCCUGAACCCCCGACAAAGCGAAAACCAGGAAGGCCCCCGGGGAAGAGGAGGACACAAGAAAGCCCUCUGAAGCUUACAGGACCAUUGGCGGCUAAGAGGAGAGUCUCCUAG